UGCUAUUUAAUCAGAUGCGCAGUGACAGAUCGAGGGAGCUUAUAGCGGGGAGGUUCAGCUGGCAGCCCAGCCUGACACCUCUCUGUCUCUCUCUCUCGCUGUAUUUUUCACUAUACAGGCUGCAAGAGGAUGUAGUUGAGGCUGGGACUUUCCCAACCUUUAAGAAACAGUUAGACAGGUAAAUGGAUAGGACAGGUUUGGAGAGAUAUGGGCCAAACGCAGGCAGGUGGGACUAGUGUAGCUGGGACAUGUUGUGUAGGAAGGAACUGCAGAUGCUGGUUUAAACCGAAGAUAGCAGGAGUAACUCAGCGGGACAGGCAGCAUCUCUGGAGAGAAGGAAUGGGUGACGUUUCGGAUUGAGAUCCUUCAGACGUCAGACUUGACCUGAAACGUCACCCACUCCUUCUCUCCAGACUGUCCCGCUGAGUUACUCCAGCAUUUUGUGUCUAUUUUCGGUUUAAACCAGCAUCUGCAGUUCCUUCCUGUGUUUCUGUGUCUGGUUCAUACGCAGAGCGGUACAAACCGCCUUUAAGGCUGGCCGCAAUGUGAUAGCUACUGAAGCGAUCCCUGUACGAAGCUGUUCAUCUAGAGCUGUAGUAAUCAAACGCUGUCUGCACCCACCUGGGCCAGCCAGCAGUGGGAGAGCCUUGUGGUGAACGGAGCAGCUUUCAGAUCGGCUGAUAUAGACGGCACAAAGUGAAAUGACUGAAGCAAAAUAAUCUGUAUCAACCCAUUGCACUCAGGACAAAUCACUGCUCCAUCAACACAGCCCUGACAUCUCUGUCUGUGGGAUUCCUAGUUAUCUCAUCGGACGGUGAGAACACGCAAUGCUCCUGGAUAACCUGUGCUGCACAAAGCCCAGGUGACCAAGGCAAACACCCUGCGAUCUGACUACAAGAGAACCGAAGGGUGACACUACGAGGAGAGAGAGAGAGAGAGAGUCGGCAGCUGAAGAGAAAUCGCUGAUGGUCAAUGGAAUAUCUUGGACUGGCUGCUUCUUCUGAUCGCGGUUGUUGGCUCUUGGCCGUUGAUGUGAUCCAGGUGAUGGGUUUCCCCCCUGCAGGAGGUUGCGAGAUCGGGGCAUCUUGAGCAGAGAGGGUAAAAUGGGUAACAUGAGCGAUGACAGCUGCCACGUAGACUCCAGGCUGGACAGUCUCUUCCCGCCCACCUUGUACAUCUUCGUCAUUGUGAUCGGGCUCCCGACCAACUGCCUGGCUCUGUGGGCAGCAUACCUCCAGAUCAAACAGAAGAACGAGUUGGGGGUGUACCUUCUCAACCUGUCCAUCUCUGAUCUCCUCUAUAUCGCCACCCUGCCCCCUUGGAUCAAUUAUUUCUUACACCAGGACAACUGGAUCCUCGGACCAGAGUCCUGCAAACUCUUUGGCUUCAUCCUGUACACCAAUAUUUACAUCAGCAUAGCCUUCCUCAGUUGCAUCUCGGUUGACCGGUACCUGGCUGUGGCACACCCCCUGAGGUUCGCUAAGAUCCGGCGGGUGAAGACAGCAGUCGUCACCAGUGCCGUGGUGUGGACCAUCGAGAUCGGCGCCAACUCGGCGCCGCUCUUCCACAACGAGCUCUUUGAGGAUCGCUUCAACCACACCUUCUGCUUCGAGAAGUACCCCAUGGAGACGUGGGUGGCCCAAAUGAACCUCUACAGGGUCUUCGUUGGUUUCCUCUUCCCUUGGGUCCUCAUGCUCUUCUCCUACCAGGGCAUCCUCAAGGCAGUGAAGAGCAACCUGUCGACGGAGCAGGGGGAGAAGGUGAAGAUCAAGAGGUUGGCCCUCAGCCUCAUCGUCAUCUUGCUGCUCUGCUUUGCCCCCUACCACCUCAUCCUACUGCUGCGUAGCAUGGUCUACCUCAGCAGCCCGCAGGGAUGCAGCUUUGAGGAGAACAUUUUCAUGACCUACCAUGUCUCGUUGGCUCUCACCAGCCUCAACUGCGUGGCGGACCCCAUACUCUAUUGCCUGGUGAACGAGGGUGCCCGCAGUGACGUGACCAGGGGGCUGGCUCCGCUCCUCAAGUUCUUCACCAGCUCCAAGUCGACCGACAUCGCCCGCUCGGUCACUCUAGACACUCCCUUGUCCUCCAAAAAAUCCCAGUACUUAAACAUCGAGCUGGUGGUACUGAGGGAGGAUUGUAUACAGAUGAAGACUCUGAGUGUAUAAAAUCCAAGGGUUGUGGGA